AUGCAAGCUGCUACAUCAUCACAUUUGUUCAUCCCUCUGUUUGCUUUGGCAGGUGAUCAGCAGCAGUUUUUCAGUAGCUCAUCAUACCCACAGCAGCCGGGAUAUGGUAUCGGAUUUGCACCGCAGCCCGGCGUGCAACCCGGUAUGCAGCCGGGAAUGCACCCAAGCGCGUUCGCGUCUUCAGCGGGAACACCGGAAGGGUAUUCAGCGUACGACCCCGAAUCAGCAUCGGUCAAAGGGUUCGAUUUCAAUGAUCAAACCAUUCGCCGGGGUUUCAUCAAGAAAGUGUACUCCAUUUUGACUCUGCAACUGUCGAUUACGUUCGUGUUUGUUGCUUUCGUGAUCAAACAUAACCCAACGAAGCUAUGGGUGAAACAACACCCCGGCAUGUUCUGGGUAGCAUUUCUUGUAAUGUUUGGCACCCUAAUCGCUAUCUCAUGCUGUGGAGAGCUGCGUCGAAAAGCACCGGCCAAUUUCAUGUUCCUGGGACUGUUUACUUUUGCGGAAUCCUUCCUGGUAUCGAUGGUGGCGGCUAGCUACAGCUCGGAAGAGGUCAUGUUAGCAUUCGGUAUAACGGCAGCCGUCUGUCUCGGGCUGACACUGUUCGCUUUCCAGACCAAGUGGGAUUUCACAAUGAUGGGCGGUAUACUGUUCACGGCCGUGCUGGUCCUGUUCCUUUUCGGACUGAUUGCGAUGUUUAUUCCGGGAAGAACGGUUCAACUGAUCUACUCUUCUCUUGGUGCUCUGCUUUUCUCAUUCUAUCUUGUGUACGAUACACAAAUCAUGAUGGGAGGAACGCACAAGUUCUCGAUCAGCCCAGAAGAGUACGUGUUUGCAGCCCUCUGUCUGUAUCUGGAUGUUAUUAACAUUUUCCUCCACAUCCUAUCGAUUAUUGGUGCAUCGCGGAAUUGA